AUGCCAAAAUAUGUGAAGUUUUUGAAGGAUAUUUUAACCAAGAAGAGGAUACUUGGAGAAUUUGAAACGGUGGCCUUGACUGAAGGUUGUAGUGCUAUAUUGAAGAAUAAAAUUCCUCCUAAAAUGAAAGACCCGGGCAUCUUUACAAUUCCUUGUUCUAUUGGUGGUAGAGAUGUUGGUAGAGCACUUUGUGACUUGGGGGCUAGUAUCAAUUUGAUGCCCAUGUCGAUUUUCAAGAAGUUAGGAAUUGGAGAAGCAAGGCCAACCAUAGUCACUUUGCAAUUAGCGGAUCAAUCUAUGACACAUCCGGAAGGCAAGAUUGAAGACGUACUUGUGGAAGUUAAUAAAUUCAUUUUACCGGCGAACUUCAAUAUUCUUGAUUAUGAAGCGAAUAGAGAUGUUCCAAUAAUUUUGGGAAGACCAUUUCUUGCCACUGGAAGGACUUUGAUUGACGUUCAAAAAGGAGAGCUUGCUAUGAGGGUGAAUGGCCAACAAGUGACCUUUAAUGUGUUUAACUCUAUGAAGUUUCCGGAUGAUAUUGAGGAAUGCUCUUCUUUGAGUGUGAUUGAUACUAUAGUGGCUGAAGCAUUGUUAAAAGAAACUUGUAAAGAUGGAUUGAAGUGA